AUGGAGGUCAACCUUUCCUCCCUUUCACGUCAAAUUGAGACAAUAAGUAAGCUUCCUCCUGAAGAAGUAUCGGAAGCUCUAAGCCCCGAUGCCGCGAGGGAACUACGACGGAAUCUGAACAGACUGAGCGUCGCUUUGGAGAGUCCCGGGGAUAUUGUUGACCGUAUCGUGUACUCUCCCCUAGACUUGGUCGCGAUCCGCCUUGCUGUUGAUCUUGGUAUAUUCAAGAUCUUGGCUGACAGCCAGGAACCGAAGAGUAUUCAACAACUGGCAGGGGCGACCGGGGCAGACGCAACGCUGCUAGGCCGAAUUAUUAGAUUACUAGCCAGCAUUGACGCAGUUGCAGAGGCAGGUCCAGAAACAUAUGUGGCGACAAAGAUCUCAAGGGCCUUUACCACGGCGAAAGGUAUCUCUGGCGCAGGAUUCUUCAUAGACUGUCUUGUGCACGCUUGGGCCAGCCUUCCUGCUACCCUAGCCAAAUCAAAUUACCAGAACCCUACAGACCAUCUCCACACCGGGCUCCAAGUCGGCUUGCGAACCGACAUGCACGCGUUCGAAUGGUGGUCCAACCAUCCCAAAGUCUUCAACGACUUCAAUAUCUUCAUGACUGCCCAGCGCGAGGGGCGCGCUUAUUGGCUCGACUUCUACCCGUUCGAGCAGAAGCUGUUAGCCGAACCUCGUGACAGUGAGCACGAAAUCCUCUUCGUCGAUGUCGGCGGAGCGCUUGGGAGUGAGAUCAGAGAGCUACGGAAGCGAUAUCCGGCGUUGAAGGGUCGGAUGAUUCUUCAGGACCGGCAACAAACAAUCGAUCACGUCUCAGCGGACUCUGGAAUGGAGGCGAUGGUGCACGAUUUCUUCACGCCACAGCCUGUUACUGGCGCACGAUUCUACUACCUCCGCAACAUUCUCCACGACUGGCCUGAGCCCCUCGCACGCCUCAUCCUCCAACAUACUAGCUCGGCCAUGACACCCGGCACGUCUAGGCUACUCAUCAACGAACUCGUCGUUCCGCUCCGAGGCGGUGGACCUUUCCCACCGCACUCGGAUUUCAACAUGAUGUCAAUCGUCGCCGGGAUGGAGAGAACGGAAGCUCAGUGGAAGGAGCUACUUGGGAGUGUCGGACUGGAGAUUCAGGAGAUCUGGACAGGGGACGGGGAGACCGAGAGCAUCAUUGAGGCUGUUGCCGCUGUUCGGGAUGGGACGAGACCUUGA